GGGGUGGUCGCAUUGUCUGUCGGGACGGUGGCGGUGUGUGAAUUUCUGCCGUCUGUCAGAAACGCUCGCCGAUCCCCAUUAAGGCUUAUUAGUGUAUGAAGUAGACCCGCACUAGAGAUAAAUCCGCAAGCGUUAGUGUUAGCAAGUCUUCCUUUUCCUUCUUUCAUUCGUUUAUUUUCUGAAACGGUAAGACAAACCGACCCUAACUAGCUAGAGCAAGUGCUUGUUGCAUUCAGCCGGCGAGAGGAGGGUGAGGAGUGGCGGAUCGGAGGCGCACGGCGCUUGAUCGCGGAUCGGGGUCGAGAGAGGCCGGCCGGGGCAGAGCCAAAGGCGGCCGAUGACUUCGGAGAGUAGCAGCCAAGCGCAACAGAAGGAGGAGGUCGAGCCGGUAUCGGUCGCCCGAGAUCAAGAGGAGAAAACCGGCGAGGACCAAGGCGGCAUGGUGACCACUAAGGGGGCCGGUCUGAAUCCCAAUGCUAAAGUGUGGCAGGAAGUGUCUGCACCAACCACCCAGGCUCCAGAGGCGGCCACAGAGACGUGCCAUUGGCCACAAUCAGAUACUGUCUCCACUGAGGAGUCAGAAGGUUUCAAGGAGUAUGGUGUUGGCUAUGGUGAGACUGAGUCAGCCCCUCCUAUGGAGAGCAGCAUGUUGAAUGGCAUGGAGUCUGCAGAACUGGCUUACCCACUCUACGAACAAGUGGAGGGUGAGACGGUCGAGGAGCAGCCUCUGCUGUCUGAAGAGAGUCUGAAGGAGUCACUGAAGAAGCAGCUGGAAUUUUGCUUCUCGAGAGAGAAUCUCUCCAAGGACCUUUACUUGAUGUCUCAGAUGGACAGUGAUCAGUUUGUCCCUAUUUGGACUAUUGCAAGCAUGGAGGGGAUCAAACUGCUGACUACUGAUAUGGACCUGAUACUUGAGGUGCUACGAGCCUCUCCCAUGGUGCAGGUGGAUGAAAAAGGUGAGAAGGUACGGCCAAACCACAAGCGAUGCAUCAUCAUCCUCAGAGAGGUUCCUGAGACCACACCAGUAGAGGAGGUGGAGGCCCUGUUUAAAAGCGAGAAGUGUCCGCAGGUUAUCAGUGUGGAGUUUGCUCACAAUAACAACUGGUACAUCACAUUCCAGUCUGACACUGAUGCUCAGCAGGCUUACAGAUACUUGCGUGAGGAAGUCAAAACCUUUCAGGGCAAACCAAUUAUGGCUCGUAUCAAGGCCAUAAACACGUUCUUUGCUAAGAAUGGUUACGGAGCCGUUGAUUCUGGGGUUUACUCCACUCCAUCACAGUACUCGUCUCCAGUUUACCUGCAGCAGGUGUACCAGCCUCCACAGCAGUACCCUCUCUAUAGCCUCCUGCCACAGACGUGGAACCCCUCACCAACCCCUUACUUUGAAACACCACUGGCUCCAUUUCCCAACAGCACAUUUGUUAAUGGCUUUGGCACAGCAGGAAACUACAAAACUGGCUCCUCUCCAAUCAGCCUUACGCGCAACUACCCCCGCAACCGACUUCCACUUUAUUCCAGAAAGAAUGUAAUCAAUGCCUUCAGGAAUCAUGUAAAGCCACAACCUCGUGCUGAUGUGGGUCAGCUGACAGAUACUUCGUCUGGUACCGGUAGUCCCCAGCCUCCAUGCACCCCUACUUCAGACACCACUGCCUCCACCCUCACCCCUCUCUCUGAACCUCCAGCUUCCCCCAGAGAAAACCACCACUCAGACCUCGGCAUCAACAGCCGGGCCAGGAGAGGAAGCUAUCGUGGCAUGAGGAGGAGAAGAGAAGAUGAAAGAACGAGGCAGAAUCCUGAAUUAGAAGUGAAACCUCCGCCCCCUAAGUUUGACCUAGCAACCACUAACUUCCCGCCAUUGCCAGGAGGUGCGCCGAGUCGUCUGCCAGGUGUGACCGUGCAGACGGAGUCCGUUUUGGAAAAUCGCAUGGCAGAUGUAGUUAAGGGCAUCAGCAGGGACAAGCCGGAAACGAGUAAGCAAGAUGUCAGUCAAGAUCCUGGAACAUGUCCAGUGGAAACUCCGUCGACAGGACCCUCCACUCCAGCGCCAAAGCUUCCUGCCACAAAACAGGAAACACCUAGCACUAGUGCGUCACAGCCAGUGAAGAGACCUGAGAAAGAGGUUCCGGUCGCUGAAACUUCACCAGACCUUGCAUCAGUGACUACAAAGCACGUCCAGCCCGUUCCUGCCCCGAAACCUUCACGCAGCCAAUCAAGCACUUCAAGCACUGCAAGCACUGCAAGCACUGCUUCUACGCCACCUGUCCCAACAAACGCAACUGUCCAGGAGCCUCGGAAGCUGAGCUAUGCGGAGGUGUGUCAAAGGCCACCCAAAGAUCCUCCCCCUGCACCAGCACCGGCAGCACCGCCCAGCCCCAGUCCCACCCCUUCUCCCACCACAAACCAACCACUACGAGAACUUCGCGUCAACAAAGCAGAAGGCCCGGCCUCAUCCCGCAGCGAGAAACUAGAGAAAGGAAACGAGAGUCGGACAUCGAGAGAGCAGACUGGCUACCAACGUGGUAAUGGCCCUAGAGGGUCAGGGUUUAAGCUUAGAGAGCAACAGAGACGGCCUCUACAGGGUCGACGCUCCUCUCCACAGACGGGGUACAACAGACGCAGUGGAAAGGAACAAAACAUCCCACCAAGAUCGCCAAAGUAAUGCCUCGUAUGCCCACAACACGUGCACACUUGUGUGUGUAUACUUAGAUACACAACUUAUAAAUAUAUAUAAAAAGUAAGAGUAUAUAAAUCUAUAUAUAAAUAUAUCUAUAUAUAAAUCUACAUAUGAAAACUGGACUGUCGCACUGUGGUGUCGAAGAACCCUCUGCUUCCCAAAUGACUGUGUGAUAUCUGGGAAGCUGGUCCUUAAAAAUACAGAAGAAAACUAGGAAUUUAAGGAAGAUGAAAACCUCUUACACUUGAAAGGAGAAAUGGAAGCUAUGCUUCCUGUGUUGUCUGUGAUUUUACAGCAAUUAAUUAGCUUGGGUUUUGAUUUUACUUGGAGUGUUGAAGGUCCUGGCACUAGUGUACAAUGCUGUACCUUUUUUUUUUUUUUUUUUUUUUUUUUUUUUCGUUUUUAUAUAUAAUAUUAUCUAUAAAUGAUAGUAGUACUGUUGGUGACAAAUCAAGCCAGCACAUAUUGUCCAUAUGCAACAGAUCACACAAAGACAGCAUGGCAACACUUCCACCGGUCCAUAAGUCACCUGUGUGUGUGUGUGUGUGUGUGUGUGUGUGUCUUUUCACUACUUCCUAUGUUUGAUUCAGCUGUGAUGCUUUUGAAAAUGAUCAAUGUGCAGUGAUUCAUAACAGUUUGUUUAACUUAUUCAAAAUGUGCGCAAGGCGCUGCAUUGCAGAUACUGAUACGAAGUUCUCAUGGUCCUGGAAGACCAGGGAAUUUCGAUAGUGUGAUUUUCAGACUUGGAAAAGUGAGUAGUAUCACUAUUAUAAUUAAUUCUUCAGCUAGAAAAUACUCUAAUGUGACAAGUCUGAUCUUUAAAAUGAUUUUAAUUUUUUUUUUUUUUUUUUUUUUUUUUUUUUUAAUUGACCUUGAACAUGGUGGAAAUCUAUUGAUAUUUGGCAUGAAGUUUAAAAAAAAACUUUCAUCAGUUGUGCACAUUGUAUUGUAAUUGCUUUAUGACUGAAUCAAAAUGAAAUCAUGAGGUGCCUAUAGAUUCCCACCCCUGGUCUAAAACUGGAAGACAAGUCUAUGUGUGUAUGUUCAGACAAAGGAAGAGGGAAAUGUGUAGGUUUGAAGGACACAAUGAGAGUGAACAAAGUUUGUCAUGACAAAUGGAUGAAGUAGUACUAGACAUCCAUUGACAAAAAAAGAAUCGGACAAAUAUAUAUUCAAGGUGAUUUUUGAGUUGGUGUGUCGUGCUGUAUAAUGUCGUACGGUGUCAUCUGUGAUGUCCAGUGUUUCUGAAGGCUGGGUCUGUCAGUAAGAGAAAGAUCAAGCUGCUUUGAUGAAAGAGUGAAUAGAAAUCAUUCAUGUAGGUGAGCAAAACCACUGUUUGUCUUCCUUUCCUUAGGGAGUGCAAGUCUUGCUAGUGUUUUCUAGUGAUACAGUGUCUCUUGACAAUUUCCGUUCUGCUGUAGAUGCUGGUGACAAUAAUCGGGUUGGAUUUUAUGCUCUCAGAUUUAGUGCUGCUUCAGAAUUGCUGUUCAUGUCCAGUCUGUGAUAUUGAGUCAGUCUGUGUUUUAUGUUUAAUUAUCUGUAUGUGACGCUUGCAUUUAUGCCUGUACAUUUCAGGUAUGAUUACAUGUAAUAUACCUGCUACAGCACUCAUAAUGUACCUGUCAUCCAAUCUCAUGUCGACUUUGGUAAAAGAGAGGGAACUCAGGACCUCAGAGGAAAUCGUUGAUGUGUAUGACUGCUAAUUUUGUCCAAUGCUUACUGCAGGAUGUUUUUUUUUUUUUUUUUUUUUUUUUCUAUUCGUAGCCUUUUGAAUUCAGUAACCACAUUAAACUGUAGGGGUCUUAAGUUUCAGUUAAUGUAUAUUUGAAUGUGUGUGUUGUUGUUGUUGUUUUUUUUUUUUUUUUUUUUUUUUUUUGUUUAAUCAGUGACACUGUAAUGCAUGAUUCUCUCCUCAAUUUGUUUUUCUCCCCUCCUUAAUGUCUCAUUCACUUGUAUGGAUGGGUUGUGCACAGAUCCAGACCAAAGUCAAAUCAGCAGAGAAGACAAUCUCAGGAAGUGCUGUUUAAAUGCAGUAGCUCCUCUCUCACUCCUCUCUUAUCAUUCUGCCAUGGGCAGAGCCACUGUUUAAUGAGUGAGUGGUUAAAAAUCAUGAUUAGUGAGUUGAACAAUGUAUGUUUUAGUUUUAUGAAACUUUGUGUGUUGAACCUUAUGAAGGUGUUCUAUGAACCUUUUUUUUUUUUUUUUUUUUU